AUGGAGAGAUUACGCGAAAUCCUGAAUUGUCUUCCUUACAUGUCAAGAGACAUUGUGGAUGAUACUAUUCAUGAAAAGGUCCUUUCAUACUUGUCAGAAUAUGCUUACAAAGGUCCGGGAAUGGUGAAGGUUUUUUUAAACUGGAAUGUACUGGAUAUUAUACACGUGUGUAAACAGGCCGUUAAAUGUAUCACGCAAAGUUAUAAUGACGGAGUCGAAAAAGCAUCCGACUAUAGAAUUAUCGCGUUGUCAAUACGUUUCCUGGCGAUUCUUUUAGCAAACGACGAUAAGGAACGUGCUUCAUUAUUUAAUAGGAUCAAUGAACACCAUCAUGAUAUAUUAGAUUUCAUUUUGAACAAUGCGUUUGCUGAUGAAGGUUUAAUGCGCUAUUCUUGCAUUGAGACAUUGGAACAGAUAGUUGCGUAUGAAUCAGGAGCAAAGUGGUUCCUUAGUACAAAGAAAAGUCCACAGGUUGUUGCAGCAUGCUUUCUCGAUCCUAGUACUUACGUAGGUGGAAUAAUCGAAAAGAAGAUUCUAAUCUUUUACGCGCCUACAGAACUUUUUCUUCAUAGACACAUUCUAAUUGAUCUUUCAAAAAAAGGGACUUGUGCAAGUUCAGUAACCCAAAAUGAAUUAUUGGAUUAUUUGAUUUCUUCUCUCGAUCUCUUCGAAAAAAUAAAAGGGUUGCUAUUUAAUCCGCAUGAGGACAUUAGCGAACGCUUAGCUGCUUUACAACUUAUCUGGACCUUGCUAAAUUCUAGGACAGCGAAUGCAUACUGGUUUAUAAGAUCUGGCCAACUGCUUAUUCGCCUAGAUCUUUUACUAAUCGAUCGUGACAAAGUUGUGAGAUCUCGAACAAUUGAUAUUUUAUGUGCUGUGUUUGAGUGGGUACCGGAGCCUAUCUCUAUGUUUAAAAAUUCCGUGAACUCGAACGACCCAAUUCUUGAAACAUUUGAGUUCAUCAUACAGGAUAUCGUUUUUUCUCUAUUAAACACUGACACAAAUUUUGAGAUGGUGACGAUGGCUGUCAAUGUUAUUGAGUCCUCAUUAUUGUUGGUUGAUCGAGCAGCAAACGGCAAAGAUUCGCUUGCAUCAAGAUUAAUGGAUAUAUUAAUAUUUUUGCUUGGGUUUUCCAAGAUCCAACAAUCAAAGGAGAACGCGAUCAAUAACGUAGAAAAUCAAAAUGAACUUAAUCCUGACGUACAAUUAAUCAUUUCGAACGGAACGUAUGAGAAGUUAAGGACGCUGUUCUCAAAUGUCCGAAGAAAUGUUUCUGGUGGGAAAUCAUUAAUUCUUAGCAUACUACAUGCGAUAAACGCUUUCUCAAAAAAAUACGAGUCUCUGAUAGCGGCAACAUCUAUUGAUACGAUACUGGAUAUCUUAUUUAUACCAAAUUAUAAUUCCGAUCAACGUAUAUUGAAAGCAGGACUUGACAUUCUACAAAUUGCUAUCAUUGGGAAAAUUCAGAAUAAUCGAAUCACAGAUGUGAACAUAAUAAAUAAGACAUUACAAACAAUUCGGAAUUUAUUAAUAGAUUCAAGAACUGAAUGUCAUGGUGUGAUUCUACUCCUUGAGACGAUGCAAACUUUACUUGUUGAAGAAAUCAUGGGUCAAUACAUUCUUGACUGUAAAUACGCAGAAAGCUGGGCUGAUGCAAUAAUUUCUAAAUUUGGCGAUUUUCGUUGGGAAAUACGUGACUCCAUUCUUGAAUUUGUUGGGAGAUUAUUUGAAAUGUCAGAUGGCCGUGAUCCGAGUGUUGAAUUCGCGCUCAAAUUUAACUUACCUCGAAUGACAAUUUCGAAAAUUACUGAUGAAGUGGCAUACAUUCGUGCCUCCUGCCUAAAAACGAUUCAGGCAAUGAUACAUUGUCCAAAUGGUUGGAAAUACGUUAUGUCUCAAGGUUUACUCGAUCAAAUAGCUCAUAAACUUCCCUCCAUGAUGAAAGACACUGAGGCCUUUGUUCGACAAGCUGUAAUGGAUUUAAUCGUUUAUCUUAUCGCCGAACGCGGAUGCGGCACUACUUUGUUAGCCGACUGUAACAAGGAAAUUAUAAAUCCUUUAUUAUUGGAAAAGAUAAUGGAUGAUCCUGAUUUCUAUGUUAGAAUUGGUGGUUGUAAGUUCUUUGAAACCUUGUGGUAUCACUGCGAACAAGAUCGAACUGAAUUCGCCCAAGAAAUUUCUGAGGAAAAUUUAUUGAUGUACAAGGAUUCAUCAUGGUUUUAUUCGCUCGGUGGUGACAAGUUACUCAUAGCUGCAGCGGAUGACUCUAGUAGAUUGGUUCGUGGUGAAAUUAUAAGAAUUCUUAAACGUCUGAAAUCUUUUCUUGAACAGAUGAUCCACAAAAGGCAAUCAUUGUCGAGAUUUAUCGACAACAUUCACGAUGAUGAUGAAUCUCAACUUUCUUUCAGUUCACUAGGACAAAAACAUAUAGAAUUUUAUCAAAAGAUUUGUUUGAUCGACUUCAAUCGACUUGAAGCUACAUUAGACGUUGAACAUUUAUACAAAGAAGCUCUAGAAAGUGUUAGCCCGAGCAUGAUGAUGAAUUCAGACAUGGUGAAAGAAGGAAAUGAAAAAAAUGCGUUGGAUUGUUAUUUCUAG